AGCUCCGAUGAGCAAGACACUAACUCAAUUGAUGACAGCAACUUGCGUGAUGACAUAAAAGUAUGGGCAAUUGCAACCAACACACCUAUUAGUCACCUCUCAAGUCUUCUCUCUGUACUUCGGAAGCACUUGCCUAAUGUAAACCUUCCAAAGGAUGGCCGCACUCUUCUCUCAACUCCAACUUCCACAGAGGUGCAGUCAAAAGCUGGGGGCUCCAUGCACUAUUUUGGGGUAGCAAAUGGGGUCAGGGCAAGAAUAGAUGAUAACGCCAUACUAAAGAGCACUCACACACUUCAUCUCCAAAUUAAUAUUGACGGCUUGCCUCUUUUCAAGAGUAGCAAUAAACAAUUUUGGCCUAUAUUAGGACUAAUUGAAGAAGACCCUUGCCGAAUUCCAUUCGUAAUAUCUCUGUACUGUGGAUAUUCCAAGCCAUCAGAUGAAAAUGAGUACCUCUCUGACUUUGUCACAGAGAUGGGAAAGCUUGCAUCUGAUGGCUUAGAGUACCAGUCCUAUUUCUAUAGGAUCGAAAUUUCAGCAUUUGUGUGUGAUUCACCGGCAAGAGCCUUUGUUAAAAACAUAAAAGCCCACAACUCCUACUACGGAUGUGAGCGAUGUGUUCAAGAGGGUGCUUGGUUAAACCACCGCCUCAACUACCCAGAUACCAAUUCUGUCCUGAGGACAGAUGAGCACUUUAGGGCACAAACACAUACUGACCAUCACAAAGAGGGUGAGAGUGCUCUGCUCCAAAUUAAUAUAGGCAUGGUCUCUAAAUUUGUUUUGGAUUUUAUGCACCUCAUCUGCCUGGGAGUGGUGCGAAAGCUCAUAUGGCUAUGGAUGAAAGGCCCACUCCCAACAAGAAUAGGAAACCGCUCAAUAACGAUCAUAUCAGAUAGGCUGAUAAGACUGGGGAAGAAUCUGCCUAAAGAGUUUGGCAGAAAGGGAAGGUCAUUGAGGGAGGUUGAUCGGUGGAAAGCCACCGAGUUCAGAACAUUCUUGCUGUACACUGGCCCCAUUGCUUUAAAGAAAACACUGCCUAAACUAAUGUAUGAUCACUUCGUCCUGCUGCAUGUUGCCAUUUCCAUAUUAUGUUCACCCCGUCUGCAUAAGCAUUACUGCGAUUAUGCUGAGAACGUCCUGAGGGUUUUUGUGCAGAAUUUUCCAGUCAUUUAUGGUGAUUUUGUCGUUUACAAUGUCCAUAAUUUGAUUCACCUGGCAAGUGAUGUUAGAAAAUUUGGCCCAUUGCCCCAAAUUUCUGCCUUUCCCUUUGAAAAUUUCUUACACAAAUUGAAAAGACAAAUUAGGAAGCCAAACCAAUCACUGCAACAGGAUGUCAGGCGACUAACUGAACAAUAGAACAUCAGCAGGGUCCGUCUACCAUCAGGUUCCCUUCCAUCCCAUCUCACUGCCUCACUGUCUCACUACACCUGUGACAGAUUCACUCUC